CACACUCAUGGAGAUCAUACAUAAUUAAAUGAAGAAAAAACAAAACCAUUCAACUUCAAAUACAAUAAAUCUAAUCGAAUGGCUAAGAGGAUUAUAUAACUAUUAUCUGAAGAUACAUAUGGGCUACAUGUUUUAGGAUUUUCAAAGCAACUAAAAAACUAAACCGCAUGGGUUUGUUUCUAAAUAACAAGAACAAAGCAAUCAAUUAUUAAGUGUAGUGUGUCUUCACCUUGAAGCUAUAAAAAUGUAUUUCCCGUUUUCCAAAACUCAUCACCCAAAAACUACAACUUCCUCAUUCAAUUUCUGAAAAAAAACAUCUUUAGUUCCCAUCCUUAACCAAAACAUGAUCAGCACAAAGAAGCUUAUUAGUAUGGCAAGAAAGUGGCAAAACAAGGCUGCCACAACCCGGAAGAGGAUCCCUAAGCCACAAUCAGUGGCAAAUGAGGGUCACUUUGUUGCCUACACAAAUGAUAAAAGACGAUUUUUGAUUCCAUUGUCGUAUCUCAAGAGUGAGAUUUUUAUUGAGCUGUUAAGAAUAGCUGAGGAAGAAUUCGGAGUGCCAUGUAUUGGGCCAAUUAUGCUACCUUGUGAUUCGAGUUUCAUUGAGUACACAAUCUCUUUGAUCGAAAGAAGUUUAGCAGGGGAAUUGGUGAAGGCAUUAUUAAUGUCUUUAACUAGUUGCAGAUACACUUCAUUGUCUACACAAAAACAUCUAGAACAAACCAAAUCACAAUAUCUUGUAUGUAGUUUUUAGAGGAGCACUUUGUCUCAUUUUUUUGUACAGAGCAUAUCUGACUAGAAAGAUAAUGAAAGUUUAGUCAGAAGCAUCAAAUCAAACAGUUCUGCCGUUCUUUUAAUAUUAUCCCUUUUUUUGCUUCGUCAUUGCACAUAAUGUAUAUACUUGAAAAUUAUCUCAAAAAAAUAGAAGACAAUUUUAUUUAUACCACUUUGUUAGUGUUCCCUUUUAUCAUGCCAUUUUGUUAAUGAUAAUGAUCCACCCUUCAUGAUCAUAUUGAUCAAGCGAUCAACCAGCAACAGCGUGUGUGAAUUUGUCAAAUAUCUUGUAAAUUUAUGAUCUAGUAUCAUUUGAGAAACAUAUUACCUGAUGAUGACGAUCCGCAUAGAAUCACCAUUAAAGACACUUUUCUUUACUAUCGUGUGCUUGUGUUUCACGUUUAACCCUGCACACAAUAAACCACCCGAUACUUAAGCCCUUAUCUAUUUGGCCAUUCCUAUACGAGAGCUUAUUGAAAAUUCACCAGUUAGAAUAAAGAAAAAACAUUCAAUGAUUGUGAGUUUGAUUUGCCUUGCCGUCAGAAUAAGCUUAUUACAGAAGGAUGUUCAGAACUCAACUUCAGCGACAGAUUAAUAGCUCAACACAUUUUCUAAUAAUUCAGAAUCAUCUACCAUUUGAUCAAAAAGAUAUAAGUGUCCAGGAACCAACUCAACAAAAAGCUUAAACUGAUGGUUGAGGCCCCAGAAUAUGUUAUAUACUCUAACAAUGAGAACCAUUAAAUAAUCAGCUAAGGCUGAAAAGUAUCAGGGGGAAACUUGAUUACAUACAAGUUUUCCUAUGAGUAUGAGUGACACAGCAAACAAUAAGGUAUUGAAGCAAGACAAACUGUUAGUACCGAGAUAAUUUGGUA